UAAAUCUUAUUAUUUGACAUUGCUUGGUUUCAUCGUUAUUAUUUUUUUAUUCAUACUCAGAUAUAUCUAUUAAUAAACAUACAUACAUCAAACUUAUAUCCUUAUUAAAGCAAAAAGUUAUUCAAUCUUGAUAUCUUAUUUAAAUACAUGCAUGAAUUCCAUAUGUUUUCACAGGAGAGUAUUCUACGGUGUAGACAAUAAAAUCUGCGUUUUAAUCACUGAAUUAGCUACAUUGCGAAUAUCAAUUUGAAGAAACUUAUUGAAGUUAUCAUUUUAAUAACAAGAAAUUUUAGAAAAUUAUUUUUUUUAUUUCUAACAAUAAAAUUAUAACAAGCUCAAAAUUUUGAGGACCAUAUGAUAUGAAUAUUUCUUUUACUGAUUACCAUCCGUUUCUGAUACGCCGUUGUUUCUGCCUAUGAACGUAUCAGUUAGAUUAAAAUAUGUAAUACAAAAUGAUGAAUAAUGCCUGAUAAAUAACAUCUUACUUUUCAUCGUACUCUUCUUUCACCCUUCGUUUAAGGAAUAAAAUUUCCAGUUGCUCCAAUAGUUCUCAACAUGAAUAGAAAAUAGUUCUCAACGUUCCAGUAAUAAGGAAAAACAUUAGGUAAUAAAUAAUUGUAUUCAGCUACUUUUUAUUUCAAAUUGCUUCAUAUGUUUUUCAUUGCGGAAAACACAUUGUUUCUGUCAAAAAAAAAAAUAAUGGGAACGGUAAGAAAAUUGAGACGAUACGAUGACGUAUCUCAAUCGUUAACACAUUUAUCCACGAUAUCCAUCCAGUCAUGUUGCAAGAUAAGAUUACAUUGGCGGGGCAAUCACGAGCCACAAGAAAACGCAAUAAUCUCUAUCAGAAGUGAAUUUGCUGUACUAUUACUUCGAAAAUCAUUAGUUGCGGUAUAAGUUUAACGAAUUUUCGUGAAAUCUAUCGUUUACUUUUAUUACCAUGACCCAUGGUAUCGCCGUCUAUUUAACCAUUUCACUUAUUUCGAUGUUUUCCGCUUGCGGGACGACAGUUUUGACGCGACAAUGCUCGUCGUUUUGCGUGUGUGACACUUGGUAUGGUUUGGAGCGCGCUUCUUGUGUGGGCCGCCAUCUUUACAGUAUACAUACAGGUGCACCGAACAACGUGCAAGCACUCGACUUAUCGGAUAAUGUGAUAUCACUUUUAAGUAACUUCGAGUUAGCGGAUGUUGGAAUGACGAGAUUAAAGUACCUUAAUCUUUCUGAGAAUGCAAUCAGUGAAAUCGGCCUAAAUGCUUUCGAUGGCCUUACGAAUUUAACGAUCUUGGAUCUAUCGAAAAAUAGACUCCAUGAUAUUUCAGAUGAAGUCUUUGAAAAAAACAGAAAUCUACGAAUCUUAAUACUAUCGAAAAAUAAUUUCAAUUCGCAUGUACCGAAAUUACGAUCCUCUUCGUUAAUGGAACUAAGUUUGGAUUCAUGUCAGAUUAGUCAUUUACCUCCAGAUACGUUCAAUGGACUCACGCACGUUCGUCGUCUCGAUCUUUCAAAUAAUUUGAUGAUUCAGAUGAGUACCAUCGUCGUGCAAACAUUGCAUGUUUUGAACAAAUUAUCAUUAGAAGGAAAUCCAUGGUCUUGCAAUAAAAUUAUGUUUGAGUUACAAACAUAUCUCAAUACUAAGAGCAUCGAAUUCAACGAAGUUUGCGGUAAGAAAAUUAACGUAAAAAAAUUCGAGAAAAUGAUUAAUCUUCCCACAAAAUCACGUAGUUAUCAUCAUUUGGCAAAUGCGAGUAUACUUUUUGAUGAAACUAAAUCGGUAACGGAAUAUAAUGUAUCGAAUACACUGAAGGAUAAAAAUCUGUCAACAUGUGAACAAAUGAUAAACCAAAUGCAUGUUGUCGAUUAUAAAUCUGUAGUAUAUUGGUUUCUUCUUCUUGGUUUUAUACUUGGUAUUUCAAGUGGAGUAUUCAUUUCUUAUAUUUGGUUGUCGAGGAUGUGUUUGUGUAACCGAAGAUACAGGUAUCACGAACAAUUUAACGACGAAUUAAUAACCUCCCAACGACUGUCUUUGCUGGAUUCGUAUUUACAAGGACUCAUAAGUAGCGAUAGAAGUUUGAUAGAAUCUUGUCCAGGUACCCCGCCACCUCAAUAUCGUGAUGUUAUGCUACGACCUAACCUCUAUCCACCAAGAGUAUCGAAUUUAAAUAACAAUGGUAACGGAUAUGGAGAAAUGUAUACAUAACCUCAGAAGGUAACUUAUUGUUGUAGUAUGACAGGGAAAAGUAAAAAUGCACAUCACUACGUUAUUUAUUCAGCAUUGAAGCUUUAAUUUUUGUUACAUUACAUAUUUUUCAUAGAAUAUUUUUUAUAUAUGUUUGUUGUUAUGCAUCGUACAUUAAUGAUUACAUCAUUGACCAAUAACUAAUAAUUAGAUUAAUAAUAAAAUUAUUUACGAAAAAAGAAAACUGGAUGAAGAAUUUAGUAAAUUAAUUGUCGAUAACUAAUCAUUAAUGGCUACACGUAUAUAUAUAUAUCUUUGUUAACAACAUUUAUUAACAAGAACAAACACGACUUAUACGUGCAUAUAACAAUAAUGCAAAAAUAUAAAAUCAAUAGCU